AUGUCAUCAUUACCAGACCCUAGAGUCCUACGCCUACCGCGGACUGACGUCGGCAAUGACUUCGUCCUCGUAAAUGUCCAACAAAUUGGGUCUGAUCCUCUCGACCUGAAACUCGUCGCUACUGAUGGCGAGUCUCCCUUCGUGACCUCCGUACGUCAGAACCAGAUUCACAAAUUGCAGGCUUCUAGCUCGCAGAUCGAGCUAGAUCAUUGGCACUCUAUUCUGUCUGCUAUCUUGCUUCAAUCUAUUCCAAAUGAUCCUACUCUGGCUGGAGUAGAAGCCGUGGCCAAUGUCUCUUCAUCUCAAAUCACUAUAACCAUCCGCAACAAGAUUAGUGGCAUUACUCAACGACUUGGCGUAAUAAUCCUUGACAAGGAUGAGGACGAAGAUAUUCAACUCUUUGACUGGACCGGCUUUGCUGUAUCCCGAGCUGAUGGACUGGCCAACCAACUAGCAACUUUCCAAUCUACCGUGGCGGAGCACCAGAAGACGAUAGAUGACUUGACCGCACAACUGGAUGACUUGGUCCAAGCNAAAAAGUCUCACCAAGAUGAGAUGCUCAGGAAAUUCGCAGCCCUAUUGAACACCAAGAAACUUAAGAUCCGAGAUCAGCAGCGCCUUUUGGCUCAUUCCAAGGUCGAUCCCACAACUGCAGAUCACGUCCAGCAAGCCAGAUCUGGAACCACUGGACGCAAACCUGAUUUGUCUCGUUCGAGCAAGCGUAAAGCCGAUAGCAGCAUUCAAGAACCUNNGGAAACAGAUGACGAUAACUCUGAGGGGACGGAUCUGGGGAACCGCAUGAACGAAGAAAAUGACAUGCGUCAGGAUCUUGGUGAACCCCUGAAAUCUGACAAAUCCGACCUUGAUACAGAAGAUGACGAUAGCGACGGUGGCUUUGCUCCAGCUCCCAUGCCGUCACAGUCGUCACUUUCCCAAGCACGCUCUCAAAACUCUGUUGGAGCCAAAGAAAAGAUGAAACCAAACGGAGCCAAGGCUGCACCUCAGAAGUCCCCUGAGAUAGAGCUUCCGCCUAGAAGGCAAUUGCCUUUCUCCAAGAGAGACGACUUGAAGUCUGCUUCCCAAGUUCCUCCGAAGUCGUCUUUGGAAACUCUUCCUCAAUCUUCUGCUACCCUACCCUCUUCCAAACCACCACCAGCAAUGGAUGAUGAUGAUGAGACAGAUGACGAACUGUAA